AUGGGAAGCGCCACUCAACACUUUAGUUCUGGCCCCCAUGCACUUCCGUUGCGGCGUUCUGCCCCCCCACCCCCCUGCUCUCCUCCAGUUACUUUGUGCACCCUCUGGCAUCAUUAUCGCACGACACUUUUUGGGUUGUCGUCUAGCCCACGUCGGUCAGGCGCAGCUCCGUCAGGGAAGUACGACGAGGCCUAUGGGCACCUCGUUGAUAAACGCCGCCGCUGCACGGGUAAAGGUGUGCUGUGCAGCCCACGGCAAUUGAUUCUGUCCCCACCCCUGUUUGCCCAGAGCCCACGUGGCUCCCGCUCCACUUCCUCCAAGCGCCCACCCAUUGGGAACCCGGGUCGCGUUCACAUGCAGCAUGGUAUCCAGAGAGGGAUGAUUGUCUUUCCACACUUUGUCGAGAAAACUGCUUGA